UGUUUUCGGACUGGGCGGUGCUCUCUCUCUGCCCCACCACUCGACUGACGUGCUGAACAAGGAUGUCCGACAGCUGAUCCGUUCAGUCACUCCAUGGACUAGGCAAGGAAGUACCAAAGUUAUCCAAUAAACAUACAAAUGCGAUGCAAUUAACGAAGGACUCAGCGGAAAAGUAGGAGUUUACAGUUAUAUCCUAGGGGGAAAGCGCAGAAUUCUGAAUGAUAUGAGUUUGAUGGGAAGGGAUCAUUUGGAGCUCUAUGCACAAAUCCCCAAUUCUCUGCAGAAUUUGGUUUCUACGUUGUGAUACGCACUGUGUUCUGGUUCAGAGAGAGGAUAGCCUACUCAUGUUUUCUGCAUGAAAACACCUGAAUAAGGUUCCAAUGGAACACAGGAAGCAGAAGUUAAUGAGUUCCUUCGUGGCUGUGUUCGAGAUACGCAGAACGCGUCCAACACUUGUUCUACUAGUGCUGAUGUUGGUAGGGUUUGAAGGGGUCGGCGGACUCCGGGCGUGUAGGAGGAAAACGGAACCUGGUGGACUGUCUGUGGAGUCUCUGAGCUCCCUGAAGCAUCAUCCUGUGACGGGAGCGGCGCUGAGCCGUUCCAGACGCUACGCCAUCAACCCACUGGGCCACAAGUGGAAGCAUUUCAACCUCACCUACAAGAUCGUGAAGUUUCCCAACACGCUGAACAAAGAUGACACCCGCCAGGCCAUCAGCAUUGCGUUCUCCAAGUGGAGCGACGUGUCCCCUCUCUACUUCGCCGAAAUCAAAAACCCCAACAAGAGUGCUGACAUUAUCAUCGGCUUCUACACGUGGAACCACACAGACUGCUGGUGGUCUCCAUUGCACCCCUGUUUUGAUGGACUUAACGGGGAGUUGGCCCAUGCCUUCCUGCCCCCGCGCGGGGAGAUCCACUUUGACAAUCAUGAGUUCUGGAUCCUGGGGAAGUCCCGCUUCAGCUGGAAACAAGGCGUGUGGUUAAAUGACCUGGUACAGGUGGCGGCUCAUGAGAUUGGGCACGCCCUGGGGCUGUGGCACUCCCGUGACCCCCAGGCCCUGAUGCACCCCAAUGCCACCUACACGGGCCAGAGGAACAUUGCCCAGGACGACAUCUGGGGAAUCCAGCGCCUCUAUGGAUGCACGGACAAGAAGCGUGUGUGUGAUCCAUGGGCUCGCCUUGGCUUCUGCGAAAGGAGGAAGAGCUUCAUGAAGAAACACUGUGCCCGACGAUGUGAUCUCUGCUAUGAGCCUCUUGAGGCCGUUACCACGCUAAGUCCACCGCCUGCCAACGUCAAGAUCAAGAUAGUUCCUCGUGGAAAGGUUGUGGGCUUCCGCUGUGGGACGAAGAAUCCUAGAUCGCCUCCCAAAGUCAGUUGGUACAAGGAUGGAGAGCAGCUCGUGAUCUCUAUCCCCGGCUACGUCACCAUGAAGGACCGCGACCUCCGCGUCGUCGCCAACGAGUUUAACGAGGGCACUUAUACCUGUCGCGUCAAUCGUGGCGGCAACGUGGUCUCUGCAAACUCCUGGGUCAUCCGGCUGAAGCCUGAACAGCCCUCCAACAGCUGAGCUGAAUGAAGAGAGUGAGGGAAGAAUGAGAGCUGGGAAGGAAAGAAUGAGGCAUGGUGGAAAAGAGGACGAACCCACCGCAACAAUGACAAUAUUAUAGGUGAACUCAGCAAUACAACAUCCCCCUACACAGCAUGACGACUUCCUGCUUACUAAUAUUAAAUAUGCCAAGACUGCCACAUAUUGGACCUUAUUCACGCAGGGAUUGUGAGCUUUCAAAAUACAGCUUUGUGUGAUAAAAAACCCCGGAGAAACUUAAGGUUAACCUUGGAAUCAACAGAUAAUUGACCAAUGGAAACAACCCUCUAUUCUAGAGCCAAUAGUGUCAGUCUUAGCACGUCAAAAUUCUGUUGUUGAUGUCUGUAAACAGGAAGUUGCCCCGGUUUGAAGGAUAUCGUCAUAUGGCUGAGUCUAACUUUAAGCAGGCUGUACUCUGACAGUACUCUCUUGAAUCCAGGUCAUAAGUGGAAUAGAUCCCAGAACUCAACCUUGUCCUUAAUGAUGAAUGAAGUUUCAGACUUUAAAGAUCCAGGCAGAAAAGACUAGCUUUGCUCACCCUUUAAACGCGACUGUUAUUUUUAUGCAGUUGUUGUGUUGAUACAUCUCACUUUGUUAAAAUGUCUAGGGCAGAGUUGAUAUUUCUAUGUCCUGUGUCAAUUAACAGUAUAGUAAUUUGUUUUGAGAAAGGGAGUAAAUAUGAUGCAGCUAUCACGGUGUACAGUGCUUAUGGAAAGUAUUCUCUCCCCUGUUUUCUAUUACUUGCCUUGCAUUUAGAUGGGGAAAAAAACAAUACAUUGGGAUUUAUUCACACCCCUUAUUCACACCCCAGAGUCAAUACUUGGUGGAAGCACCUUUUAGCAGCAGUUUUACCCACUUUUUGAAAAAGUCUCCGCCAACUUUGCUGUCACAGCACUGUCAAAUUCUGAUGCAGAUUUAAGUCAGAACUGAUACUAGGCUAGGGCACUCGAGCCCUGUUUUAUACCUGGUUCUAACAUGCAUCCUGGUCUUGUCCACUUUCUGAUUGUGCCCUCAUUUUCAGACGUGUUUAUACGGUCUUAUCCGUCCACCUUGUCUGCAUUGUGACCAGUUUUCUCGCCCCCCCCCCCCUCGUAUGCAAAUUAUUGAAUGACUAAUCUUUUAAAAUAAUAUAUAUUUAUAUUAAGACACAUACUGAUGACAUAAGUCAAUGGUGCCACCUGUCAAUGAUUUUAGACGCCGGUUACACCGCCAAGUGUGGACACAAUCAGAAUGUGGACAAGGUGCUCGAUUCGAUCCGUAGAGCUUGAAGAUCCGCACCACAAUGCUAUUUUAAAUGUAUUGACAUGUUCCCGCGUUUGCAGAGACCGCAUUCACAUGUUGGCUUAAUCGGAAGUUACCUUUAAAUGUAAAUAGUGCUGUAACGUGGAUCUUCAGCACUAGAUCAGGACAAGUACUAGAACUGGGUAAAAACAGGGUUUCAGAGACAUUGAACAUCUUGGCAAGUCACUCCAGUGCAGCAUAGGUCUUAUUUUGGGUUAUUGUCCUGGUGAAAUGUCAACGUCUUAUCCAGUGUCAGGCGUUCAACAGACUGAAUAUGUUUCACGUGGCCUUUGUACCAUUUUUCCUUUUGACCCUGCAAGUAUUGGAGUGACUGCAAUGUUGAUCUCCCCCCCACAACCCCAUCUGAACCAAUAAGCUAUUUUACAAAUCACCAUGGUCUCACCGUGACAUUGCAUCACCUUCGUCUGGGUGAUGUGAUAAAUCAUUCGCAGCUUAAUUAUUAACUUGACCAUGCUUAAAGGACCCUCCCUUAAUCUGUACCUGCCUCCAAAUGUAUUAAUGAGAUGUUCUGAAAGCUCCAGGGUAGCUUUAACUCCAUUAACUGAAGGACCUUACAAAGAUGGAUAUUUAUUCUGAAAUAUUGUAGCAGUCGGAGAUGCCACAGCAAAGGGGGUGGAUACGUAUGCAUUCAAACAGAAGUUCAGUUUAGAACUUUCUAGAUUUUGUCUCACUUAAAAGGUGGUGUAGGAUGAGCAGAUCGGUGAAACAUGCCCAUGUUAUUCAUUUUAAUAUUUAAGGCAACAUGUAAAAACUGUGCAAUUGAAGUGAAUACUAUUGCCUGUUUUUCUACCAUGUUAAAUUGUUUGGUAUAUAUUUUCCCUCCUGUGUGACAAGGAAUGGUUGCCAGAACUGUAUAUGCAACAACACAUUGCCAAACAUAGACCACUGUAUUUGUAAGUGAUUUUACUUCAAAAUGGAGUAUUUUUCUUUGUACAUAUUUAUUUUAGUCCUGUUAUAACUGAUAGUAGUCAACGGGUUGACAGUUCAUAUAUGACAAGACAGACAUUCCCUUUGCCGAUUAAACAAUGAGGACAUUUAAAAACAG